UCUCUCUCCUUCCGCUUUUGUCUCUGCCGAAAUCCAUAAAUCUCUCUCUCUCUCUCUCUCUCUCUCUCUCCAUAUUUAUCGUCAGUAUCACCGCCGGUAACAAACUCAAGUUUGAAUCGUUUUGAAAAUCGCCGGAGAAUAUUGAAGGAAACGGCCAUCGAAUCGAGGCCGUUAGUUUACGGGUACGGGAAGUGACAGCUGAGCGAGAAAGUCGGUUUUGACUGCGGCAUCGAGAGAGAAGCAAAAGAAGCUCUUUGAUGAUGGUGAAACAGAUUCGUUUAGGGUUUUCUGAUCGGCGGUUUUCACUGCUCAACUCUUUAUUGGAGUAGGUUCCGUCUUAGGUUUUGAGAGGGAGAGAGAGGAGAAAAAAGGGGAUUGGGUAUCGUUUUUGGUUCUGUUUGGUGUUUGUGAUGGGGAAGGUCGCGGUUGUGUUUGCGGCGGCUGCGGUUGUGGCGGCUUGUUCUGUGGCGGCGGUGAUGGUGGGAAGGAGAAUGAAGAGUCGGAGGAAAUGGAGGACUGUGGUUGAGAUUUUGAAGGAGUUGGAAGAAGCUUGUGAUACUCCGGUGGGAAGGUUGAGGCAAGUGGUGGACGCCAUGGCGGUGGAGAUGCACGCUGGAUUGGCUUCUGAAGGUGGCUCCAAGCUUAAAAUGCUGCUCACUUUUGUCGAUGAUUUGCCUAAUGGGACGGAGAAAGGAACUUAUUAUGCACUUCACCUUGGAGGCACAUAUUUUAGGAUAUUAAGGGUUCAUCUGGGUGGUGAAAGGUCUUAUCUAGAUGUUCAAGAUGUUGAACGACACCCCAUACCUUCACAUUUGAUGAAUAGCACCAGCGAGGUUCUUUUCAAUUUUCUCGCCUUUUCCUUGGAAAGGUUUAUCGAAAAAGAAGGAAAUGGGUCCAAUUCACAAGGUGUUAAACGGGAACUUGCAUUUACGUUUUCGUUCCCAGUCAAACAUACUUCUAUAUCUUCAGGAGUUCUAAUCAAAUGGACCAAAGGUUUUGAGAUUAGUGAAAUGGUUGGGAAUGACAUAGCUGAAUGUCUUCAAGGAGCGCUGAACAGAAGAGGCCUUAAUAUGCAUGUUGCGGCUCUUGUGAAUGAUACUGUUGGAGCCUUGUCACUUGGAUAUUAUCAUGAUCCAGAUACGGUUGUUGCAGUUGUAUUUGGAACAGGUAGUAAUGCAUGCUACUUGGAACGAACCGACGCCAUAAUCAAGUGCCAGGGUCUGCUUACAACUUCUGGAUGCAUGGUGGUCAAUAUGGAGUGGGGAAAUUUUUGGUCCUCACAUCUGCCUAGAACUUCAUAUGACAUUGACUUGGAUGCAGAAAGUUCAAAUUCAAACGAUAUGGGAUUUGAGAAGAUGAUAGCAGGAAUGUAUCUUGGUGACAUUGUUCGUAGAGUAAUUCUGCGCAUGUCACAAGAAUCUGAUAUCUUUGGACCAUCCUCGUCUGUUUUAUCUGAGCCUUACGUUCUAAGAACAAAUUCAGUCUCAGCUAUGCAUGAAGAUGACACAUCCGAGUUACAAGAGGUAGCAAGAAUCUUGAAAGACUUAGGGGUAUCAGAUGUACCAUUGAAGGUGAGAAAAGUAGUGGUAAAAGUAUGCGACGUGGUGACACGAAGAGCGGGGAGGCUAGCAGCAGCGGGAAUUGCCGGAAUCUUGAAGAAGAUAGGUCGAGAUGGAAGCGGAGGAAUCACGAGCGGGAGAAGCAGAAACGAAGUCCAAAUGCAGAAAAGAACAGUUGUUGCAGUAGAAGGAGGUUUGUACAUGAAUUACACCAUGUUUAGAGAAUCCAUGGAAGAAGCGCUCGUUGAGAUAUUAGGAGAAGAAGUGAGUCAAUACGUCAUCGUUAAAGCCAUGGAAGAUGGUUCUAGCAUUGGCUCUGCUCUUCUCGUUGCCUCUUUACAGUCAUGAGUCGUCAUGAUCAUCAUCGUCAUCAUCGUUCGUAUCAUUGUUCAUAUAAUUGGUUAUCUGGGUCUAUUUGUGUGUGUGUAUAUAUAUUUAUUCAAUAUUUAUUGUUAAUUACUGUUAUAUAGACGCAUAUAUAGCUUGUGUAAAUGUUUAGGAAGGUUUUUAUCUAUUCUUUGUUUCUUCUAUUCUUAUGAUGUGGAAAAUAGGUAUUUCUUUUCUUAAGACUAUGUAAAGGUGAUGAUGAUAAA